GCUUGUUUUUGUUUUUUCUUGUUGAUGUUGUGAAAUGUGAGUCAUGAAAAUAAGCAUGGUGAUGGUCCAUGAUGUUUUGUUUUCCUAGUACUUGGCAUUGUUUCUUUUUUAUUCUAUUGCAAGAUAAAAUUUAAAAACUCAAUAGGAUUUAUUUUAUAGAGAAUAUAGGUUGUAGGGUGUGCGAUAGUUGGAAAAGAAAUUUAAGUUUGUAGCUGUUUAGCUUUGAGGUUAGGUCAGGCUCAAGUGUCUGGUCAGCUUAUUAUUAUUAUGUUUUUUGGCCAUCUAAUUAUUUUCUAUUGUAUAGUAUUAUUGUGAUAAUAUUGCUUGCUCAGGUUUUUAUCAAUUUUAUUAAUCAUGGCAGAAUCGGUUGCUUUAAGGAUCGAAGAUUCACUCGAUGAAUUAGAAUUGCUGGAAAAAUCAGAACUCUGCACAAGAACUGAAAUCAGGGUUCUUAAAAUAAAGAGAGAACAGUUCGAAUUCAAGAUGGCGCGUCACAAGAAGAGCAAAGAAGACAUUUUGAAAUAUAUCGAUUACUUGAUGCAUACGAUCAUGUUAAUGCGAGCCCGAAAAAUGCAAAAAGAACUCUCGCUAAAAAAAUGCCCCAUCCAAAAACUCAUCGCAAAGCGUGUCAAAAUGUUGUUCGAUGAUGCGAUAAAACGAUAUCCUGCCGAUCUGAAAAUUUGGAUUUCAUACAUCAAAAUCUGCGAGCAAAUUAGAUUCUUUUCGACGGGCAGCCAAGUUGUACAGAAGAUGCUGACAGUUCAUGGUGACAAGCCGAGUGUGUUCAAGAUGGCCGCCGACUGGGAGCGGCUGACGCGCAAGAAUGUCGAUAAGGCGCGCAUCCAUCUGCAGAGUGGCCUGCAUAUCCACAGCGACUCUCCAAUGCUCUAUCUCGAGCUGUUCCGUCUCGAGUUGGCCUACAUCGAUCAAAAAGUCAACAAACAACAAGAUAAUCGGACUGGGCCUGAUCCAGAUGACCCGAUCUACCAGCUGCUGGAUGUGGUCUACGACUCGGCAAUCACCAACAUCAACAGCCUGCAAUUCAUGUUAGAACUGCUGGAAUGCACUGUACCCUACGAGUUCACCGUCAAUAUACAGAACAAGAUCGUAUCUGACAUGCAGACGAAAUUCCCCAAUGAAGAAGCCACUUGGGAUACUGUAGCCAAAAUGGCGCUUCGCGCGUACCCAAAGGAGAAAAGCACUGCAAAAGAAAGAUAUAGGUAACUUUAUAUUGUAUUUGCAUUUGUUAUCAAUAAACGUGAUCAUAAAUCUC